AUGGAUCAUUUGAAUAAUUAUAAGGGCAAAAAGAUUGAAAAAAGGAAGAUGAAUGAGGAAUUGACAGAACAAAUUAGAGUCAGUCAGUGUGAUGAUGAUGAAAAUGAUGAGGAGGACUUAGAAAUGGUUAUGGCCCGACAAAAUAGGGCUAGUGAUAUUGAGGUUACACCUCCUCCUGGUUUUGCUCUGCGAAGUCAUAUUGUUCGUGAGGCUAGUACAGAUAAGAAAUGGAUUGAUACAUCCUCUCCAGAAGUUCAAUUAUUAGACAUAGAUGUGGAUCUUCAUAGGACCAAAGGCAAUAAACAAUCCAAACUCUCCUCUAGAUUCUUGAAAGAAGCAAAGAAAAAAUUAGGAAGAGCAGUUAACCAGUUUGUAUUGUUCACUCCAGUGCCUACUAAUGUUGUUAAUUCUAAAUGGCUAGAACCAAUGUUGGAUACUGCAAGAGAGGUUGGAAAAGGAACAAAGCUACCUACUUCUUAUGAAGUAACUGAAGUAUAUUUACUAAUGGAGUAUGAAGCUUUACAAAAUUGGAUAAAAUCUCAUAAAUCUAAUUGGACUGAGAGAGGUGUUACAAUUAUGUGUGAUAGAUGGACAUCUGAUUAUUACUUAGGCCUCAUGGACAAGGUAGUGGAUGAAAUUGGAGAAGAAUAUGUUGUGCAAAUCGUAACUGAUAACGAAGCUGCGAUAAAGGCUGCUGGUUACAAACUCAUGCAAAAAAGGAAGAAUCUGUAUUGGAUAGGAUGUGCAACUCAUUGUAUUGAUCUUAUGUUAGAGGAUAUUAGAAAGAAAAAACGUGUAGCAAAGCUGUUGGAUUGUGCAAACAUAAUCACACGCUUUAUUUACAACUCCAAUUGGGUCGUUGAUUUCAUGGAAAGAUUCACAGGAGAUAGAGAGUUGUUACGUCCUAUCAUCACACGAUUUGCCACCAAUUUCAUUACUUUGGAAAGCAUUGUUAAACAUAAGACUGCUUUACAAGAUAUGUUUCAUUCUCAAGAGUGGAAGCACAGCAAAUGGUCCAAAAAGGAUGAUGCAAAAAAAGUGAAAAAAAUUAUACAAAGUAAAGAUUUUUGGACCAAGGCGGCAGAUGUAUUAAAAGUUCAAGAACCACUUCUAAAGGUGCUUAGACUUGUAGAUGGGGAUGAAAAGCCCACAAUGAGUUUUAUAUAUGAAGCCAUGGAUAGAGCAAAGUUGGCCAUCAAACAAAAUUGUCGCUAUUAUGUAGAUUAUUGGAAGAUUAUUGAUAAUUGA